AUGGCAGCGCAACUCGUCAUGCCCACGCUGCCGGGAGAUCAGCAGCAGUCGCGGCACUUCCUCCCCAACCAGCAUCACCGACCUCCCCACGCUCGCUCCCAGUCUUACCAAGUUCCCCGAGGACCUCAAAUCUCGCCCCUCGACACCUUUGCCAUGCCUCAGCACGAAACUUUGUCCACUCCGCCUUCCCCCAAGGGCCGUGGCCAGCACUUUCGUCAUGGCGGUCAACCCAUGUACAUGCCUGCCGUCCUACGACCCUGCCAUGAGUUCACGUCUCGGGAGGUGACGAGAUGUAAGACGGCCGGCUCUACCUCCUCAACCGACUCGGACUCGACCCUCCGCCGCGUCAACUCCGCCUUGAUGAGUAUUCCUGGCUUGUCUCUUCUUGGACAUCGACUGUCGCGGCGGUCUGCCGACGAGGUUGGCAGGACUCUGGAUGGAGAGUGGAAGCUCGAUGCGUUUCCGGAGGUGAGGGGACUGCCUACACGCGUCCAUUGGAAGCCUGAUUCCGAAUCCGCCGUCUGCGACGACCCGACGUGCAAACGCACCUUCAACUACUUUGUCCGCCGCCAUCACUGCCGUAAAUGUGGCAACAUAUUCUGCGACUGGCACUCCAGCGCCGUCGUGCCCCUCGACCAAGACGGCAGUUUCAACCCUCGCGCUGGCCCUUCACGUACCUGCAACCACUGCUUCGAAGUGGUCAAGGCCCUCGUCCACUGCAGAAACAACAGCCAGUCUUCCACCUCGACAGAGUCGGACGCGAUGCCUCCAACACCAAUCAACGCUCCGACAGCGCCUGGUGUUACGCCCCCGCACAAGCCCGAGAUCGCAGCUAGUGUUCCUCGCGACUGGAACUGGAGUACUUUUUAA